UAAAUAAAAAUCAUUAAAUUGUUAAGUAAAUUUUUGUAUUUAUAAAUGGCGCGCAAAAUAAAUAUUCGAAUAUUAUAAUUAUUUAAUAAAUUAAUUAAUUAUUGGCGGUAAAAAAUAUUCAUUUAAAUUUAAAAUAAAAAAGUUGAUAGUUAAUUAAUUAAAGCGGCAAUUAAAAAUAUUUAAAAAUGAUAAAGUUGUUGAAAAAAAGAGUUUUUGUUAAAAAUAUAAAAAGAAAUUUAAAUACAACAAAUGUAAAUAAUAAUUUACCAAUAAACAGUGUAAUGAAUGUGUUCGAUAGACAAGCAAAAUUAUUACAAAAGCAACGAUCUGCUAGAGCACCAGAUGUGAAAUUGUAUGAUUACAUCAAAGAUGAAAUAGGUUACAGACUCGCUGACAGAAUAUUUGAUAUAAAACGCGAGUUUGAAAAUGUCCUUGAACUAGGAUGCGGGCGGGGUAAUUUGAGCAAACAUAUAUCCCAAGACAAUGUCAAGAAUUUAAUCCUAGCAGACAUGUGUCCAGAUUAUUUGGAGCAAGUUGUCAUAACAGAGGACAUCAAAGUCCAGAAGAAAGUUAUGGACGAGGAGAAUUUCGAGCUGGAUCCCAACAGUGUGGAUUUGAUUGUCAGUUGUUUGAAUCUGCACUGGGUUAAUGACCUUCCUGGAUGCUUCAGUAGAAUUAUCAGGACCCUGAAGAAUGAUGGAGUUUUUCUAGCCGCUAUUUUUGGCGGUGACACACUCUACGAAUUGAGAAGUUCAUUACAAUUAGCAGAACUUGAAAGACAAGGUGGAAUAUCACCUCAUAUAUCUCCAUUCACUCAAAUACGUGACAUUGGAAGUUUGAUGACACGGGCUGGGUUCACGAUGCUGACUAUUGAUACUGACGAAAUGGUUAUUGGCUUUCCCUCGAUGUUUGAGCUGAUGACUGACCUAAAAGGCAUGGGAGAGAGUAAUGCCGCCAGGAAUCGCACGUUGCAUCUGAAAAGAGACACUUUGGUAGCAGCUGCGGCUAUCUAUGAAGAGUUGUAUGGAAAAUUAAAAGAAGACGGUAGCAGAUAUGUGCCAGCGACCUUUCAAAUAAUUUAUAUGCUGGGAUGGAAGCCGGAUCCCUCGCAGCCGAAACCUCUGGACCGGGGCACGGGUGAGGUUUCUCUCAAGGACUUGUACAAAUUAGAUGAAAUUGUCAGAGGAACUACUAAAAUAAAACUCGGUGACGAUGACAAAUAGGUUUUUUUUUAAUGUACAAUAAAAUUUAUUUAAAUAUCAAUAAUUAUUUAUUAAAAAAAAUUUAUAAAGUUC